GGUCCUGCACCCGCGCUCCUGCUGGCUAGAUCGACAGCUACCAGCAUGCCUCGAGUAGCUCUCAUCCAGUUCGCCCCGCUCGAACCUGCCCAAUCGUGCUCGCCGUUCGCCUCGUCCUCGUCGUCCGCCUCCGCCUCGCCCGCCGACGACCUGUCGCUCAACCCUCUGAUCAACCUCCAGCGCGCACACGACCUCGUCCGGUCUGCCGCACACCAGGGCGCAGAGCUCGUCACCCUCCCCGAGUACUUCCUCAGCGGCGUCGUGUCGGACCCGGCGCACUGGCACCUCGCACAGUACCCGCACUCGCACGCCCACCUCGCCGCCUCGUCCGCCUCGCACUCGACCGCGACCCACUGGCUGUCGACCUUCCAGGACCUCGCGCGCGAGCUCCGCGUCGACAUCCAGGUCGGCACCAUCGUCGAGCGCGCCGUCGACGAAGACGGCAACGAGAUUUAUCGCGACGUCGAGGUAGUCGACGACGAGACGGGCGACAAGCGCACAGAGAAGCGGCCCGUCCUCGAGAACGUCGCCACCUACAUCGACUGGGAGGGCAACAUCCUGCACCGGUACAAGAAGCGCAACCUGUGGUGGCCCGAGAAGGAGUACCUGUGCGAGGGCAGCGAGGACCACCAGGUGUUCGACACGCGCUUCGGCAAAGUCGGCAUGCUCAUCUGCUGGGACCUCGCAUGGCCGCGCGCGUUCCAGUCGCUCCUCCUGCAGCGCGUCGACCUCGUCCUCGCGCCGACCUACUGGACCAAGGACGACGGCGGGCCCCUCGGCCUCAAGCACAACCCGAACUCGGAGGUCGAGUACCUCAAGGUGCUCAUCCCGACGAGGGCGUGGGACAACGAGUGCGCCAUCGUCUUCACGAACGCCGGCGCCCCCGCCGAGUGGACCGAGAGCGCCGGCGCGAGCAAGAACCCGCACGGGCGGAUCGGCGGCAGCUGCGUGUGCGUGCCGUUCAAGGGCCGGAUCGGCGGUGCGGAAGGCGCGCAUGAGCAGGUCGCGCUCGUCGACCUCGACCUGUCUAUUCUCGAGGAUGCUCGCACGGUGUACGGCGUCAGGAGGGACCUUGUCACCAAGCUCAAGCAAGAGAAGGCGUUGCCGAGCUGGGUCGCCGAGUAGAGCAGACAAGCUGUAUCGAGCUGCACUUUCUUCGCGGG